AUGUUAAUGCGCAGAUGCGGAGCCAGCACAGAUGCCGCUGUGCCUUUGUCGAAGAUUCGCCGGAUCACAGCGGCUUCGUUGCUGAGCAUGGUUUUAUAUCCUUGCUUCAAACUCCAAGGGAUGCUUUCGGAGGGUGAGAGUCAAAACCGCCCUCAAGUCGCGCAAGGAAGGGCAGAAUCAGCUGUCCUGUUGCACGCCGGGCCCAGUGAACAGAUCGGGAUGAAGGACCAUCCUUUUGCGGAAGUUGGGGACUACUUUUCGCAGGAAGGGCAGCAGCAGCAUGCAGGAAAUGUGACCUUUGACGGCCAGCACGAAGGUGCACAAGGUCGAGAGGAGCUGCCAUCCCGUGAGGAAGAGUCUCCAACGGUUUGUUUGGCUCUCAUUGCAAAGACCAGUUCAGCUAACGAGCUGUUGGUGAGGGUCAAGCACUUGAGUGGGCAGCACGAAAACAUGUUCAGCCAGCGCUACUUGGUGGUGGAUGCGCACGGUGAAAAAGUGGACGCCUCCAUUUCCAGCGCGGCAGACUCGCUGGUGCGUGAGAAGCAUCUCGAGAAAUGGUUAGCAGUGAACCAUUCGAAGGCUUAUGAGGAUUCUGUCAACUUCACUGCCGCGUGGGGCAGCUCCUUGCAGCUGGAGGCUGAGGCAAUGGGGCAUGGAUCCAUGGACAGUGAUAUGCCGGUGAAGGAAUUGGACCAUUACUUUGCCAUCGACCAGUGUAGUGCAGACUACCUGGCUAUCCUGGAGUCAGACAUGAUCGUCUCCAGGCAGUUUGGGUACUCCUGGAUCAGUGAAGGCAUUCAAGCACUCCAAGAUAACGACGACUUGAUUCUUGUCAUGCCAGCAUUCCCGGGGAUGUCUGAGCGGAAGAUCAAGAUCCGUCCCACCACCAGGCCGAUCGUCAAGUCAAGUAACGGCAAGUUUGCAGGCCAUGUACGACUUGUGGACACGACCUGCGAACAUCCGUUCUCCUUGCCUGGUCACGCCUCGCUGCUGGACCUUCGUCGCUACAAGGAGCUCGUGUCGUUUGGCCAGGUUCUGGAGCAUCGAUGUGGAGGUGCACUCGUGCACGGGAAGCCGUGUAAGAAGAUGGCCUACGUGCGAAAGUGUGGGGGCACCCGCAGCUGGGCAUCAGCUCUGGAAUGCGUGAUCUGCAACAGUCCGGCUUUGAGGCAGGCACACUUGGCUGAGGAGCAGCGGGGCUGGCUAUGGUACGCACCGCUGGCCUCCAUGCGCUACGACAUGGGCGGGCUUCGAGCCGAAAUCAGCAAAGCUGAGCUUCAGCACGAGGCUCUGGGGACGACAUUACCAGGUGCUGCAGCCAUGAACCAAAAGCAGCAGGGCAUGAGACUGGUUCUCAGACUA